UAAUUAUUUAUUUAGCAGUAUUACUAUGUAUUGACCACUGCUUUUACAAUAAUAGUCCCUUCACAUUAUGGUAUAUACUACAUCUCUACUGUCAGUUUCAUUUGCAUCUUUCUGUGCCAGGUAUUGAAACUACAUCUAAAUCACACUUUAACAGCAAACAUAAAUUUGAAAUUAAAUGCUAUUUAAAAAAUAUUGAUAUUAAUUGUUAUUGCCGAGCGCAGUUUAAUAUCAAUUUAAUUAUUGAUCUUGCACAAUACCAUGAGCUGGCUGUUGCGAGCUUCCACGCGCCUCUUUCCAAAGCAUCGUCGAUCUAUUCAAUGUCGCUCCAUUAUCCAGACAUGGACCGAAGAAGUUAAUCCACUCGGAGCGUUGAAACUAGAUUGGCGUUGUGAACGCAACGUAGAUAUUCAUGUGUCCUCUGUCGACGUCAGCAAGACAGUAGGCGGUUACAAGGCACUCGUUUCACUGAAAGGAGAGAACCGGGAUACGUGCAGGGUAUCGGUGAGCUACAACAAAAUGUCAGAAUACGGGGAGUUGGUAAUAUCCGGGACCGAAGCGGUUUCAACUACCAGUAAUGAUUCGGUUUGUUUGACUGUCGAGUUGCCUCCUCAGUUUGAUGUGUUUGUUUCGGCUAUUGCCGACUCUGGGGUCUCCGUCAAUAACAUGGAAUGUGACACAGUUGAUAUCAAUACGCAAAAUGGUCUUGUUUUGCUGGAUCGUUUGAAAGCCUCGUUGUGUUCAGUUUUGACGUCAACAGGUGAUAUAAAGUCGAAAACACUUGUGCAAGGCAGUUUGAAUCUGAAGACAGAAUCAGGACUUAUAGAUGUUGCGUCCGCCCGCGGAUCCACGUUGUCAUUGGAGACUGUAUAUGGAUCCGUAUUAAUGGAAUCUGUUUAUUUCAACAAAAGUAGUGUGGUUAGUAGGACAGGACCGAUAUGCCUCGGUGCUCUCCAUGGAGAUGCAACUGUGAGGAGCGAAACCGGGGAUAUUUGUAUUAAAACGAUGGACGGUAGUCUACACGCAUUGACAGAGGCCGGAGACAUCGACGUGCACGUGGCACGAUGUGGCACUAUUCACAUCAAAACAAUUCAGGGAAACGUAAAGCUAAAAGUCGGCGAAGACGUCAGAUUGAAAAACAGCCAGAUGGCCGUGUCAGCCGGGAGUAAUAUUGAUAUCGCCGCGGGUAUGUGUGAUGAUACUGCUGAUACGGACAGUGAAAUUAGUGUUGAAACAAAAGAGGGCUCAGUACAAGUUCAACGUCAAAGCUGGCUUGACUCUUUAAAUAUAAACUCUAUAAAUCGGUAAAAUUCAAGAUUGCAUAGGCAACACCGUGUACUCGUAUUCUAUUGAACAAGGUCAAACUGAUGCAGGAGAGAUCGAAUCAGCAGCGGCUUUACUUCUUUGGUACUAACUAUAAGACAUCAAAUGGGAAUGUGACAGGCGAAGGUGGACAGAACCUGUUUUGACAAAGCCGGUCUGAAACUGGGUUCAUGUUGAGUACAGCAGCCACGCUCAGGAUUAUUGGUCUUACUUGCUGAUCCCAGUGCUAUCAGUCAAAAAGACUGUAGAGAUACCCUGCCGUUUUUUGAUGGUGCAAUCUUGACUUAAUUAUGGAGAGCUCAAUUUGUCAACUUUGUCUUGUAGCAGGAUUCUUAUCAUCACAGCAGCCACACGUUUGGUGUGACAAUAAACAUAAACAUGUAGGUUAUGGUAAACAUGCAAUACAUAUGGGCUUGUGGUUUCUGUGACCUCUGAAUGGCCAAUACAAGGGAUUCAGCAGAUAAGGUUUCUGGUAUGGCAAAAAUGAUGACGAUUAAUUAAUAUACAUUGCAGUGUCAAAGUACAUAUUUAUCGACCCUACAGUGCACAGCGUGAGUUAAAAUCAUAUAUUCACUUAUACCAUGGUCAUGUGACGUGCAACCAGUUACGAGUGUGUAUUGAGAUGGUAUAUAUGACGUAUUGCACAGCAAGUGUGCAAUAAGUUACUUCCAGUUACACUCUCACUUAUACUUAUACACAUCAUAUGACCAUGAUAUAAAUAAUCUGGAGCAUAAAGCUCUUGAAAUAACUUAUCAUUUUAUUAGUGUGCAAUAUGGCUUUUACCAGUACUGGGAGUGGGGUUAGAGCCCUUGACUUUGCCUUGGGCAAUAACUCCGCCCCUCAUGCUGGUAAAAGGCAUAUAGCACACUAAUCAUACGAUAACCUAUACAUAAAUGUAUGUAUACAUGUAGACUGUAUGUAUACAUGUGCAGGCAAACAGAAAGACAGACAGACAGACACAGACAUACAUACUGUAUAUACAGACAAGCGGACAGAAAGACAGACAGAGACAUAGAUGCGUACGUACAUACUGUACAUGUUCAUAUGUAUCAUGACCAUAUAAGUGUCCCAGUCUUUGCCUCUCUCGGUCUCUCUCUAUUUGUAAGUCUAUACCGACUGGUUUGUCGCUUGUGCUGACA